AUGCCCAUACGCGAGCUGAAAGUGUGUCUGCUUGGAGAUAGUGAUGUUGGGAAAACAAGCAUCAUUUAUCGGUUUACCAAAGACCGCUUUGAACACACUACCAAACCUACCAUUGGAGCAUUCUUCGUGUAUAAAGCUAUGAGCUGUGGGAAGGAGCUCCAUAAAUUUCUCAUAUGGGACACAGCUGGUCACGAACGGUUUGCUGACUUGCUUCCAAUGUAUUACCGAGGUUCAACAGCAGCCGUGAUCGUUUAUGACAUCACGAGAUGGAGUUCAUUUCAUACUUUGAAGAAAUGGGUGCAAGAACUAAAAGAACAUGAGCCUGAAGACAUUAUAAUCGCUAUUGCUGGAAACAAAUGUGAUCUCUCUGAUGUCAGGAAGGUUCCUCUGGAGAUGGCCAAAGACUAUGCAGAAUCCAUAGGUGCAAUUUAUCUUGAAACCAGUGCAAAGAGUGGUCAUAACAUUACUGAACUUUUUAAAGCAAUCAGUCAGCGAGUUCCACCCCUCUCUCCUGGUGGAGGUGAAAAGAAUGUAUCAAUCAAACUUCAUGAGCCAAAGCAACGUCAUAGCCCUCCUAGUCCUGGUGCUGGUAACUCUUAUCCUCUCACUGUUUCUGUUCAUGAAUCCACCAAAGAUUAA